GUACGCAACUUGCGACAUACCUCCAUUUCAUUAUGCCUGUACCGCCUGCACUACGGAAUCUUAUACGCACGACACCAACGCUAGCUCCCUUGAACAAUAAAUCUAUCAUUUCUGUUUCUGGUUCCCAGGCAACUGAAUUUCUGAAUGGUUUGCUCGCCACAAGUGUCACUAAUCGACCAGGUUAUUCAACGUUUCUCCAUGCUCAGGGUCGCGUUCUCCACGAUGUGUUCCUAUACACCCAACCUGCACCUCUGGGCAAAAGUGCUUUCCUCAUAGAACAUGAUUCCAGCCCUUCGGAGACACCGCAGCUCGUGACUCUUCUGAAGCGAUAUGUUCUACGCUCAAAAGUGAAAAUCAGGGACGUUUCUGAAGAAUAUGAUGUAUGGGCUGCUUGGGGCUCUGAAGCGGGAGAUAAAGUAGCCAAGCAGUUUAAUUGGGCUCCGAGCGGGUCUGCUGAACCUGUAUUGGACUUAGAGGCAGGGAAAUGGCCUUGGGGACUAGAUCACGGAGUUAUUCGUGAUUGGAGGGCAGUUGGAAUGGGCAGAAGGAUGUUAGUUGCAAAAGAAGACCGACCCAAGGAAGCUUCGACGCACGAUCUCACAUCAUCCGAUGCAUACCUUUUACAUCGCAUUAUGCACGGCGUGCCAGAAGGUAGCACAGACAUACAACCCAUGCAUGCGUUCCCUAUGGAAUCGAAUUUGGACCUAAUGGGAGGAUUGGACUUCCGCAAAGGUUGCUAUGUGGGCCAAGAACUGACUGUUCGCACAUACCAUAAAGGUGUAGUGCGCAAACGAAUUUUACCUGUCACAAUAUCUGGCAACGAAAAACAUAGCACUCCAUCUGUAAAUUCUCCACCCCCAUCUCUUCCUGUUCACCUUUCCGUCUUCCCCACCCGAAGAGAUGGUGAACGGCCUCCACGAGGGACGGGCACUUUACUCAGUACUAUCCUCGCUCCAGCUCAUGGCAUAAGCAUAGGACUGGCACUUCUGCGCCUUGAACACGUCGAAGGCGCACAGAAGGGUGACAUUGACCUUGCAGUAAAGAGUACACAGGGGGAUGAUGCAUCUGGCGAGAAGACGUGGCAAGUGCAGCAUUGGUGUCCUGACUGGUGGCCGAACCAGGAAUCUGCGUAGGACGCCUAUACGCGCACCAAUAAAUGGGAACACGCAGGAGUGAUUUGGUAGAGCUGCAUUCUGGAAGUUGAAUAACUAAUUUGCAACUGUAACACGAUAGAGCGACAGCAUUUUCCCAACUCAGCAUAUAUUAUCAUUGAACACUUUCAGGACUAUCUCAGACUUCGGCCAGGACAGACGCAAAUACGUAGUCCCCAUCAUGACUGACGGAGACGUGCAACUUUCCGGGCCACACCUUUGUACUCCCACCAGAGUUUGGUGACUGCGAAGCACCAGGGUCGUACAUCAGUGUAGGCUUGACACCGUCGACGAGGCUUCGAUAUGUAAGCUCCUUCCAGGUCGGACGCACGGGAUAAAGGGCUUUGUAUGCGGCCUCUUUGACCGCCCACCUAUAGAUAACCACAAUAGACAGUUGGAUCGUGUCAGAAAUGUGAAACACGCCGAGUAAAAACCUGAUAGCAGACCGUACUGCGAGAAAACGCGUCCGUCGUUGGUCGUCCGAUGAUGGGAAGGUACUAAAGGUCGCGUAUUCUUCCGUGCUAAGGAUGCGCAGUGCAAAUUUUGAAGGGCUUUGUCGUUUUAAUAAAGAGCUGAUGCGAGUGAGAUGCAAGACAUCGACACCAAUGCCAU